GGUGAGGAGUGGAAUCAUCCUGAUUGUGCACCUAUCACCAUGGUGGAGACCCAUACUGGGCUAGAGACUAAACCCUAUAGCCAGGAGCAGCAAGAAAAGAUGGCCGCCUUAGUCAAAGAGAACAAGGAGAGAAAAGAGCACGAGAAGCAGGCGAAGCUAAAGGCUAUCACAGAUGAGCAGGCGGUGAAGAUGAAGAGGUUGGAGGAGGAGAUGAAGAGGGUACAACAGGAGGAGGAAGAAAGAAGGAAGGUUGCUAAAGCAGAAGCGGCAGCAGAAGAAGAGAAAGAGAGAAUGAGAAUAGAGAGUGGAGAAGGGAGCAGUGGUGGCACGAUGAAGUGGGAGACAAAUACUGAGCUGGAGAAGAAGAUCAGCGAGUGGGUCGCUAAUUUAUCAUUGGGGGAAGACGAGGAGGCGGAGUCCUAUGUGACUAAGGAUGAGAAGGCUGCGCUGGCCGUUGAGCUAGCAGCCAUGACAGACCCGAUAGAACGAAGAGAGAGGGAAGACGAGCAAAAGUUAGCAUGGAAGUUGAGGAUGAAGAGGGAGAAGAAGAGGAGGAGAGAGGAAGUGAAUAAGAUGACCGCAGCAGUGGCAAAGGUGCAGGAGUACUCAGGGGCUACCCGUAGUUACAUUAGCCGUAGGGCGCUGAAGAAGCUGAGGCUAGGACUAAAGGUCCAGAAACUAGUAGACCCCAUAGUCUGUGUCCUCGCAAACAACCGCACGAUGCGCGUUGAGGACUACGUAGAGGGAGUCCAGGCGUACUUUCGUCUAGAGAAGAAUGGAAAAGUGGAGAAGGUCCUCCAUUCUUUGACUCUCCUCGUGCAGGAUGACCUUCCUUUCGAUAUAGUGUUAGGAAUGGAUUGGGGAGAGGCAGCAGGGGCCACACUUCAUUUGAGAGAGCAUGAGUGUCGGCUCCCUAGCCCGUCAGGCGAGGUUAAGAUUGCCCGCUCAUUCCAUGUGUCUGGUGUAGAUAACACCUUGACACAUUGCUGUCUCAGUGCUCCCGCAUUCGCGCGAUUAGUAAAGAAGGAGCAGUUAGAAGACCAGGUCUUUGUAGUUUAUGUCAGACCUGUCACUGAGGCCCAGGAAAAGGAUAGUUGCACAGAUCCAACAAUUGCCAAGCUGCUGGAAGAAUUCAAAGACUUGACUGAGUCGCCGACAGGAGUAGUGUCGCGACCCAUCCAGCACAGGAUAGAGAUAGAGCCUGGCAGUAGAACCCCUAAGGGUGCAGUCUACAGGAUGUCCCCUAGAGAGUUAGAGGAGCUUCGCAAGCAGUUAGACGAACUCCUUGAGAAAGGUUGGAUCAGGCCCUGUUCGUCUUCUUUUGGAGCACCCGUUUUGUUUGUCCCCAAGAAGGAAGGAGAGCUGAGAAUGUGUAUAGACUAUAGGGGUUUGAAUGCGGUCACCGUGAAGAAUGUUGAGCCGCUGCCCAGGAUAGACGAUCUUUUAGAUCGGGUGCAGGGUUGUAAGUAUUUCUCUAAGAUACACUUAAAGUCCGGAUACCAUCAAAUAGAAGUCCAUCAUGAUGAUCAGUACAAGACUGCAUUCCAGACUAGAUAUGGGCAUUAUGAGUUUACAGUGAUGCCCUUUGGACUGACCAACGCGCCAGCUACUUUUCAGCGUUGUAUGAAUGACCUGUUUAGACCGUGGUUAGAUAAAUUUGUGGAAGUCUACUUAGAUGAUAUCCUAGUCUUUAGUAAGACCCUCCACGAGCACCAGGGUCAUCUGAGGCAGGUCUUGCAGAAGCUUAGAGAGGCUAACUUCAAGAUCAAUGCGAAGAAGUGCGAGUGGGCCAAGACGCAAGUCUUGUACUUGGGCCACGUGUUGGACGGAGAUGGCAUUAAGCCAGAGGACAGCAAGAUCGCGGCGAUCAGAGAUUGGCCGACGCCCCGCACAUUGACAGAGUUGCGGUCGUUCCUAGGCCUAGCUAACUACUACAGGAAGUUCGUGAGGAACUUCUCCACUAUCGCCACUCCCUUGCGCAGGUUGUUGAAGAAAGAGACAAUCUGGCAAUGGGAUAAGGACUGUACGUCAGCGCUAAAAAAGUUAAAGCGCGCGUUAAUAGAAUAUCCUGUCCUCAAAGUAGCGGAUCCGUCCUUGCCAUUUGUCGUUACCGCGGACGCAAGUCAGUAUGGGAUAGGCGCCGUGUUGCAGCAAGACGACGGUAAUGGCUAUAGACCCGUAGAGUUCAUGUCAGCGAGGAUGCCCUGUGAGAAGGUUGCAAACUCCACGUACGAGAGAGAACUCUACGCUCUCAGGCAGGUUUUAGACCAUUGGAAGCACUAUCUGCUUGGGAGACACUGCAAAGUGGAUUCUGACCAUGAGACACUUCGUUGGCUAAAGACCCAGGCCAAGAUGACACCUAAGUUGACUAGGUGGGCCGCAGAGAUAGACCAAUUCGACUUUGAGCUCAAGCCAGUGAAGGGCAAGUACAAUGUAGUAGCGGAUGCUCUAAGUAGGAGAUCAGACUACUUUGGAGCCGUAGUACAUUAUUUGGAUAUAGGGAGAGACCUGCAGGAGAAAGUGAAACAAGCGUAUACGCAGGACUCUAUCUAUAGCGACCUCUUAAAGAGAGUUAGAGAGGCCCCAGAGACCGAACCAGAUUACCGCACUACAGACGGGUUGCCGUUUGAGAAGACUAAUGUGUUUGACCGCCUGUGCAUUCCCAACAGCAAAGAGAUUCGUAGUCUGAUUCUAGGGGAAUGUCACAAUACUGAGGGACACUUCGGUUGGCAAAAGACGUUAGCCAAUUUGAUGUGUGGGUACACAUGGCCAGGGAUGAAGAACGACUGCAUAGAGUAUGUCCGCAGUUGUAAAGUAUGCCAGCGAAACAAAUCUACUACACUCGCGCCCCUAGGUCUUCUCAGACCCUUGCCUAUUCCGGAUCAGCCGGGAGACUCAGUGUCCAUAGACUUCAUGGACACGCAAGUCAAGAGCAGACAUGUAAGAGCCAAGUCAUGGUCAUAGUCGACCGUUUUAGUAAGUAUGCAGUUUUUGUU